AUGUACAAGUACAUCUCCACUCUCUUGCUGCCAAUUGUGGCCUCUGUGGCCUCUAUGGCCUCGGCAGUGCCGUCGUCACACUUGACCUCGAUGCCCUCCGUGUCCCUGGACUACAGCACUAUCAAAGCAGCAGCAGGAAAUGAUACUUUGGGCUACUACAAAUACCAGAAUAUUCGAUUCGCCGCCGUUCCAACCGGCAACCUUCGCUUUGCAAAGCCAGAAUGGCCUUCGGUCGAGUCAAUAAUUAAUAACGGGACCACCCAUGCCAGCGCAGAUGUAGACUGUGCUUCCACAGAAGACUGUCUAUACAUGGACGUGUAUGCGCCAGCCAACGCAAAGGGAAAGAAGCUACCCGUGGUGGUGUUCACCUACGGAGGAGGCUUUACAAGUGGUUCCAAGUUCAAAAGUACGCCUGAAGGGCUCUACGACCUCUCCAAAGACUUUGUGUUCGUGGCCUUCAAUUACCGUCUCGGAUUGACCGGCCUCGCCAACUCUGUAAGUCUCACACAUCAAGGCGCCACCGACAAUGUCGCCCUGUACGAUGUCGAGCAUGCAUACAAGUGGGUGAAGAAGUACAUCGGCAAGUUCGGCGGGAACCCAGACGAUGUUACCGCAAUGGGAUUCUCCGCUGGAUCGAGCAUGGGUCUGUUCAUGCUCACUCGGUAUGGCGGCCAUAACGAGCAGCUUUUCCACAAAGCGUACUUCACGUCUCCUGGCUACGUCCCAGGUGCCGGCCACCACCAGGGAGAGGCUUUCUGGCAGAAUGUCUCAACCGCUGCUGGCUGCAGGGGGGGUGAUCUCUCCUGCAUGCGCCAGGUCUCCUUCGCCAACCUCACCGAUGCGGCAACGGAUGUCCAGACCAACUAUGAAUACCAAUUCCAGCCUCGUGUCGAUGGGGACUUCGUUGCCGAUACUUAUGAGUCUCAGUUCUACCAGGGCCGCUUUAAGUGGGAUGGACCUCUGGUCAUUACGCACGAAGAACACGAGAAUAAUGGAUCCCCUACAAGCGGUGUGAACACUACUGCCGACAUCAGAAGCGAGCUUCGUUCUUUCUUCCCGGCUAUUACCGACGAUGUCAUUGACGAGCUCCUCGAGCUCUACCCCGAAUCGGACUACUCCAGUGCUGGCUACCGCUUCGCGGAUAUGAGACAGUCUUUUGAUUUGACUGCCCAUGACUACGCUCUUACCCGAGCGCUGAACAACAACACUUGGAAUGCCGAGGUUUCCCUCAAUCAAGCCGUCCAUGGAACUGACCAGAGCUACUAUUGGUACAGCACCUACUCUCUCGUAGCGAAGCCUGCUGCCAAGCAGUCUGCUGGCUCAGGUGUCACAAUUGCAGGCAACAUUACACCGAAUCCUGCGAUUGCUCGCAAGAUGCAGAAGUAUCUCCUUUCCUUCAUCCUGACCGGAAACCCCAACACAAAAUGGGCCAACGACAAGAUCUACUGGCCCAAGUACGGAAGUAAUGCUACGGAAGUUGUUUUCAAUACUACCAUGUACACCAAGAAGGACGAUCUCGCUACUGCUAAGAGCGUGUACUGGAAUAAGGCUUUGUGGCACUGA